AUGAAUACCAACAUUGCAGAGUCUCUCAAUUCUAUGUUGAAGCUGCCUCGUGAGUUGCCACUGAUCUCUCUCCUUGAGACAAUCAGAUUGACACUCACCACUUGGUUUUUUGAGCGACGCGAAGCGGUUGUGAAACAUAAGCACCUGGUUACUCCAAAAGUUGUGCAGAAGUUGGUAUCCAGGUUUGGGGCUGCAAUGGUGCUGAAUGUGUAUCAAGUUGAUCAAAACGAGUUUGAGGUGAAGGAUGAAACGAUGAAGUAUGUUGUUGAUUUAGAGAAAUGGCAUUGCACUUGUAAUGUUUUCGAAAUUGACAAGAUUCCCUGCAUUCAUGCAAUUGCUGCUGCUAAGUAUAUUAAGAGAGAUGAAAACUAUUACGUCGAUACUUCUCACUUGACAGAAACGUGGGCUAAAGCCUAUGCCGAAAGCAUACACCCUGGUGGAGAGUUGUCAACGUCCACCUAUCCAGCGAAUAUUGACGAACUGUCUUGCCCACCUCCAGCUACCAAAAAUAGAAGUGGACGUCCUCCUACAAAGAGAAAGAGAUCCGUUGGCGAGUUUGGUGUUCCUGGGUCUAAAUCUCAGUCCCACAAGUGCAGUAAAUGUGGCAUAGGAGGACACAACAAGAACACAUGCAAGAGGCCUAUAAGAUGA